AUGACGCCUCCUACUCGUGGUGAAGUUGAGGCACGAGUGAAAAUGGUUAUUAGCAAAAUCUUGCAUCGUUCUCCAUCCUUCAUUGGGAACGAGUACUUUUUGGCGUUUGAUGUUUAUACUCAAACAUGUUAUUAUGGGGACAUAGUAGAGGGCCUAGAAAAGGAAUUCAACUUCAAGUGGAACUAUUCAAAAAACAUUUAUGACAAUGACAAUGUAAUUGAGAAAGUUUCAAACGCUAUUGAACUUUGUAUUUAUGAAAGUACCAUUCAAGAUCCAGACUGGAGGAAGGAGCACGGUCUCAAAGACUGA